CUAAUCAGAAGUCAUCAGAAUUGCCAACUUAAAUUCAUUUUACUCCUAGUUUAAAAACAAGGUGUAAUAGAGUGAGUUCAGCCAGUGCAGUGCAGGAUAAUGCAAUAAGUGUUAUCAAUAUUGUGCAAAUAAGGUAUUUUUUACGGGUAUCCACGGAACAACAGAGAUAAUCUUCAAUCUGUUCUAAUAUUCACAGUCUAACGUAUGUUAGGUAUGUUAUACCUAACAUACCUAACCAUAUUAUACCAUUACCGUGGUAUUUUGAUAAGAAUUUAAAAUUAACCUCUAUGAAGUUUACUUUCUCUAUGUGAAUAAGACUCUUUUAAGAAUUUAAGUUGGUAUAACACUAUGUUCGUUAGGAGACGUUGACAUUUAUUUGAAAAUUUUGACCAGUGGAUUUCCGUUGAGUUUUUAUUGUGAUAUAAGUAAGGAUAAAAAAAUUGGAUUCAUAUUUUAAUUUUUCAAGAUUUAUUAUGGCAGAAAGCUUUGAUGAUAUCAAUGCUCCGCAAUUCUUUGAUUUCAAUAGAGAUAUAAAAGAUCUUGAUGAUACUGCAGAUGGAUAUUUUGAACAAGCACACGAAGAUCCUCUCAAUAAUUCAGAUAUAUCAAAUGAAGUCACCUUCUUAGCCAGUGAAGUAGAAAACUUGCAAUGCUCUCAAAAACCCAAUUUUAGAAAAUCAUUGAGUGUUGGUGAUCUUCAAAGAAUAAUUGGGCACGUACACAAAUUAAGGAGUGGUAAACAAUAUGUAUAUGAUGGUGAAAACGGUGAAGAAGAAAAUGACUUUAGUCGGGAGAACUAUUAUUCAGAACAAACAGUUAACUUUGAAGCUGGUUCUUCAGGAAUUUGUGGUAGUAAAUCUCAAGAGUUAAUCAACAGAUUAGCACAGCCAAAAAGAAAAUUUAAGUCCAAUCAAGAAUUGAACAAAAACGAAUAUGUACCAAUGGCUGAAGCAUUGAUAAAAUUUCAAAAUGGUACACCGAAACGUUUCAGAGUGAAACCUGUGGCCGUUGCUGACAAUCCUUUGAAAGCCACCAUUCCCCAUUCCCCAAAAUUAAAAACAUCUCUCAGAAAUCGGCCUCUGCAUGCACAAUCUCGAGAAGAACUAGAGCAACUUGCUUUGGCAGAAGCAAAGAAGUCCCAAUUUAAAGCACACCCUCUAAAUAAAAAAAUACUUCGAGGUCCCGUUGACUCGAAUAAAUCGAAGAGAAAAAUUUCCACCAUACCAGAACCGUUUAAAUUAACAGAAGUUCAGAAUAAGGUGAUUCCAGAAUCCCCGCAAAAGGUCCAAGAAUUUCAUGCAAGACCUGUACCUAAAUUCAUUUAUAAUUCUCAUGUAAUGAAACCCCAACUGAAAGCCUCGUUAACAACGCCACAAACACCGACCUUCAUUAAAAAAAUGAGUUUGAAUUCCAUUUCAACCACCGCGGAGAACAAAAAUUUACCUACCGAGCCUGUCAAACUGAAACCAACGAAACCAAUACCAUUUAGUUUUGAAUUAAGAGAUAAGUGCAUGAGAAGUAAGCGCGAAGCUUUGGUUCAGAAAUAUAUUGAAGCCGAAAAGAAAGCGAGAAUGUUCCAUGCCAAGCCGGUACCAAAAUCGGUUAUAGAACCACCGAAAAAUGGUUAUUCAUUUUCAAGAGGCAAUUCAUCAAAUACAGCAAAGAAUAAUAACGAAGAGAAUAUCAAUUCCUCUCAUUUCAAGGCUAAACCACCAAAAGUUCUUUAUCAAAAACCAUUUGUACCUCAGCUUCCGAACAGGCCAUUACUUGAAAUACAAGAUUUUGCUCUUAACACUGAUAUGCGAGCGAAAGAGAGAGAACAAUUUGAACAACAGGUUAAAGAACGGGAAGAAAAAUUGGCGUUAUUCAGGCAAGAAGAAGAAAUUAUGAAGAAGAGACAGGAAGAAGAAGAAAUUAUCGAGGCCCGUAAAUUGGCUAGUUUCAAAGCGAAAGAAAUUAGAAAAUACAAGGAAAUAAAAAUUCAGCCUCUUCACAAAGUUACAAAUCCAGUUUCGCCCAAAUUUAGUACGAAUAAGUUGAGAAACAAUUCAAAAAAUAAAGAAAAUAAUGCAUAAUAAUAAAUCGUUUAUCUGUUUCAAAAACGUACAUUUAAUGCUUGAAAAAAGAAAAAAUUGAGGAAGAAAAUGUGAUUAUAAGUUUAAUAUUGUCUACUUUUAGUUUUUUUAUCUAUAUGACUAAGAGAAUCAAAAUAUUCACUUAUAUCUUUAUUUAUAUUUACUAAAAUUGAAGUUUUAUAUUUUAAAAUAUCUUGAGUGUAUGGUUAUUUUAAUUUCUCACCGUAAUAUAUGUAUCAUAUUUUCCUAUGUUUUUCUUUGUUGUGAAAUGUUCAACAUGGAAAUAUUUCAGUCGUAACUGCUCAAAAAAAUCUAUAUCAGGUUUCAAAUAAAUUUUUUCCUACUUUCACCCUCUUAAAUGUUUCUAUUUAAAAAUAUAACCGUAUCAUGAAUUUUAUCAUCUGGUCUCCGAGUCCAGCAAGAUUUUUCUUAGUCCAAAAGUCAAAUCUAAGUAGCACAAAAAUUGCACAGUUUUCUUCUGCAUUUCAGGCACAUUGGCUGGUCGCAUUUUAUGCAUUUAUAAUUUGUCUUCCUCUCCUUUGAUGCUGAACACUUGGAGCAGGUUUUCCUUUUCUCUAGCUUGUCACUUGGGUUGGGUUUUGUUCCAACAUAUACUGAUGGUUUGGUCUUUCCAACCGUCUGGUCAUAUGUGACUUUAUGAACUCCAUCACUAGGUCUCGUACGAAUAGGUACCUAGUCACAAGAUGAUUACCUCAAAAUGAAAGGUACAAGGAGUUGAUGCAUCUAAUAUCUAACAUUUGAUACAAUAUUGCCAUCUUGUGGUUCUUCGAUUAGACGAAUAUAUCGCACAUUUCAUGUCUAGCAAGUCCACCCCUGCUUUCGUUUUAUUGUAGUAACAAACCAUUUCAGGUUUGUUUUUUCUGUUCCCUGUCCCAAAGUUCCGUCAUUUAUAAAAAAUUUGAAAGAUGCUAUCCGAAAAGCGCCGCGCGAAUUCGCCGAAUUUAAAACAAUUCCAUAGUAGCUAGUCUAGGGAACUCUUCAAAUUCUUCCAUAACUAUUUGUGCUAUAAUUCAGGAUAUUGAUGAACCAACGGUACAUCCUUCUAUUUCCUUUGGUGCUCAUAUAAGAAUCAAGUAGAAUUGAGGGUUAGUUCCAGAACAUAUAUAAUAUUCAUCAAAAGGGAUAAUUUUUGAAGUUAAAAAAAUGAAGAUAUUAGUGCACAAAGAAACAAUAUCUGAAGAAAUUAAUAUAUAAUCGUCUGAGAAUUGUACAUCUUUUUCUUUGAAAUAAAAAGAAUACAUGCAAAAUAUAUUUGC